CAUGCUUCCCGCCGACCGGACGUCCGGUCCACGUGCGCGCGCUCCCGAGGCCCCGCCCUCCCGGCGGGAGCCACCCAGUAAGCGCCGCAGAGAUUGGGCGAGCGGCGGCGGCCCAGGCCGGGUCAGAGGCGUCGGGUCCUUCUGGCAUUCCUGGGACGGGGCAUCCCAACCAGCCAAGCGUGCCCUACUCCGGUGAUUCCUUGACUCCUGGUUCGGCAUUCUCACGGGCCUCCUGUCUCCUGGGAAGAUGUUCCUGGUGGGCCUCACGGGGGGCAUUGCCUCGGGCAAGAGCUCGGUGAUCCAGGUGUUCCAACAGCUGGGCUGUGCGGUGAUUGACGUUGAUGUCAUCGCCCGCCAUGUGGUCCAGCCAGGAUACCCCGCCCACCGGCGCAUCGUGGAAGCCUUUGGCACCGAGGUCUUGCUGGAGAACGGUGACAUCAAUCGCAAAGUCCUGGGGGACCUGAUCUUUAACCAGCCCGACCGGCGGCAUCUGCUCAACACCAUCACCCACCCCGAGAUCCGCAAGGAAAUGAUGAAGGAGACCUUCAAGUAUUUCCUCCGAGGAUACCGCUAUGUGAUUCUGGACAUCCCCCUGCUGUUUGAGACCAAGAAGCUGCUCAAGUACAUGAAGCACACGGUGGUGGUGUACUGUGAUCGGGACACGCAGGCUGGCGCGCUGAUGCAGCGGAAUGGCCUGAGCCGGGAGGACGCGGAAGCCCGGAUCGAGGCCCAGCUGCCCCUGAAGGACAAGGUCCACAUGGCCCGCCAUGUCCUAGACAUCGGGGAGUGGAGCGUCACCAAACGCCAGGUCAUCCUCCUGCACGCGGAGCUGGAGCGCUCCUUGGAGUACCUGCCGCUGAGGUUCGGGGUUCUGACAGGUCUCAUGGGCCUUGCCGGCCUCCUCUAUCUGCUCACCCACUACCUCCUGCCUUCCCCCUAGCCAGGCCUCUUGAUGCUGGAAGCCCCAAGCCUUGAUCUCUCAGAGUCUGGAGCAGGUGGCAAAUGCAUCUUGUUUCCUCCCAAGCCCAAUCAACACACACACACACACCACACACGCAUGCACCCACUGAAUCUGGGCUGAGCCUGGCACAGGGUCCCCCUUCUUUGGAGUGCAUCCGAUCUGAGGCAGAAAAACAGUCCUGUCAGUGGAUACCCCUUCCCACCUUCCUAAGGGCCCCUCCCUCUGGAGCCACCCACGGAAUGGUGUCCGCCAUGGGGCAUGAAAGCAACGGUGGGGAAGCUGUUGUGAAAUUCUUGGGGGCGCAGGCAAGGAACAACUGUCCUCUGUGGCCAUGAGCAGUGUUCAAAACUGGGAGGUUCCCUGGGCUUGACCCCUCUCUAGGCAACAUGCCCUGUCAUGACAAAACCUGCAUCCUGGGACCGGGAAAUAACUGUGGUCCAACAGGAUUUCUCCCCUAGUCUGGAGCCCUUGGCCCGGAUGCAGUGAGGGCUCCCUUGCUGGUAAUGCUGUGGCAGAGCCUCUUGUGGGAUGACCCACUGGCCCACCUUGGCAUUUCUCCAGCGUUCCCCAUACCCGCUUCCCAGCUGCCAACUGUUGGCCUCCCACUCCUUGUUUCUCUGCCCUAAACUCUCAGUGAGUCCACACGCAUGAGGCUGUUUCCUGCCUCUGGGCCUUCGCUGUGCUGUUCCUCACCUAGAAUACCUUUUGUUUUUCUAUAGCUGGGAUGUCUCCCAGCACCAUCUGGAGCCCCAGGCUCUGUCGGGUGCUGUGGGAUAGCCCAAGCCCCCAGCCGCCAUGCUGUGUUUUACUUUAUUGGUCCCUCCUACUAGACUGUCAGCUGUUCGAGGGCGACAUCUGUGUCUUGUUCAUCUCUGUGCUCCUGGUACAGAGCCUGACUCGCCAUUGGUGCUUAAUAAAAUAGAGCGUGUUGAUCUGAAA